AUGGCCGCGCCCAACAGCACAACGUUCAGUCACCUCAGCUUCAUCCUGGUCGGCAUCCCGGGCCUGGAGCCCUGGCACCCCUGGAUCUCCAUCCCCUUCGCGCUGAUGUACACGGCGGCUGUUCUGGGGAACUGUGGUCUCCUCCUGCUCAUCGCCACCCAGCGCAGGCUGCACGAGCCCAUGUUCAUUUUCCUCUCCAUGCUGGCGGUGGCCGACAUGCUGUUAUCCACCUGCACCGUCAAUGCCUGCCUCACCCAGGCAUUCUUUUUGCACUUUGGGGUUACUGUCGAGUCGGCCGUCCUGCUGGCCAUGGGGUUCGAUCGGUACGUCGCCGUCUGCGACCCGCUGAGGUACACGAUUAUGCUCACCAACGAGAAGAUCAGGAAAAUAGCCACGGCCGUUGUCCUAAGAACCUUUUGUGUAAUUGUCCCUGUUGUUUUUCUUCUCAAACGGCUGCCCUUCUGCGCAAGCAACAUCAUCCCGCACUCCUACUGUGACCACAUCGGGGUGGCCAGGAUGGCCUGUGCGGAUAUAUCCAUAGAUAUCUGGUAUGGCUUAGCAGUGCCUAUUGGAACCAUUAUACUAGACUUCGUGCUUAUCGCUGUGUCUUAUGUGCUGAUCCUCAGGGCUGUGUUCAAGCUGCCCACCAAAGACGCCCGGCACAAAACUCUCGGCACCUGCGGCUCCCACGUCUGUAUCAUCCUCUUAUUUUACGUCCCAGCCUUUUUCAAUUUCCUAACCAACCGCUUUGGCCACAAUAUCCCUAAACACGUUCACAUCCUACUGGCCGAUAUGUACGUGCUCAUCCCCUCCGUGCUAAACCCCGUUGUUUAUGGGAUGAAAACCAAGCAGCUGAGGGAACAAAUGGUCUGUGCGUUGUCUCGGAAGGCAAGAUGGUGCUGA